CAAAAUCGAUUAUUCGACUUUUUAACAGUAUAAAAAAAGUCGAUUAAUCGAUUAGUCGAAAGUCGUCUUUGGGAUCCCUACUCGAAGAAUUCAAAAUGGCUUUCGGUGAUUAUCCAGCUGAAUAUAACCCAAAAGUGCAUGGUCCUUAUGACCCUGCACGUUUCUAUGGCAAAGCCGAUGUUCCCUUCGGUCAGGUAAAAUUGGGUGAAUUGGGCGCUUGGUUUGGACGUCGUAACAAGACCCCUAAUGCAAUGGCUGGUGCUAUGAGCCGUGCCUGGUGGCGUUGGAAUCACAAAUAUGUCCAGCCCAAACGUGCUGGAAUUGCACCAUUCUUCCAAAUCACUGCUGUCGCUAUGACUUUCUUCUAUGUCAUCAACUAUGGCAAGAUUAGACACCACAGAAAUUACAAACAUCAUUAAACAUUUUGAAUUCGUACCCGAAAAGUACUUGGUCAACGUUGGAGAUGCAGAGUACUAGGAUGGUGUAGAUGGGUAAUUCCAAAACAUUUUGUCAUAAAUUCUACUGUCGACGUUGAUACAUAUUCUUAUAUUUAGAUGUUAAAAACAAUUUCAAUAUAAAAGAAAUCAUUAAUUAAAAGGAAAAGAAUCUGGAUA